AUGGACUUGUUGAGACUUCCAGAUAGGUCUGUGUUGGCCCAGGGCAUCCUCGUCGGGAUUGUUACGUAUUGGGCCGUUUGGAUCAUCUAUACACGAUGGUUCCACCCUCUCGCCAAGUUUCCUGGACCAUUCUGGGCGUCGAUCACGAGAGUGUGGACGCUUCUUCAUGUGCUUCCUGGAAAUGCUGAGAAGAGGCAGAUGAAGCUACAUGCGAAAUAUGGACCUGUCGUUCGUAUCGCCCCCAACGAGCUGGUCACCAGUGACCCGGAGGCAAUCCAAACGCUCUACGGAACCAAAUCUCUCACAACAAAGACCGACUUCUAUUUGGCUUUCAGACCACCCUGGGCACGAUUCCCAGAUCACUUCUCGUCAGAAGGCGGAAAGCAACACGGGGAGCGCCGUCGCAUCGUCAGCCAUGUUUACACAAUGACAAGCAUUCUCCAAUCGGAAAAGUACAUUGAAAAGUGCAUUGACAUUUGGCUUGAGAAGCUAGGGGAGAUGGCGGACAACAAAAAGUCUUUCGAUUUGUGGAUAUGGACUCGAAUGUACGCAUACGACGUGAUCGGUGAGCUAUACUUCAGCAAAAUGUUCGGCUUCCUCCAAGCCGGCGGUGACCACCUCGGGUACAUAGAUGCAACGGAGGAUUUGGUCCCUGUUCAGUUCCUGGCCGCCAAUAUGCCCACCUACGUCCGGGGUCUAUUCAUGCUGACCGGAUUCUUGUUCCCAAAGGUCCGACGAGCGCUGGGAGCCCUAGAAAAUCUGACUGACGCGACAAAUAAAAUGCUCAAAGACCACCUCGCUACUCUGCAGAGUGAUUCGGAGUCUGAAUCUCAACGACAAGACAUCCUAAGCAAGCUGCUCGAAAUCUCGCACAAAAGAGGCGAGGAACUUGAUUUCGUGCUUGAUGAUGUCAAGAUGGAGUCGUUUGGUGCAUUCUUUGCCGGAAGCGAAACAACAGCUCUCACGCUCUCUGGCAUUCUCUAUCACAUCUUUCGCACCCCCCGCGUAUAUGCAAAGCUGACCGCCGAAAUUGAUGCCGCCAAGUGCAACCAACUCAGCACGCCGCGUAUUUCCUACAAUGAGGCCGUUAAACUUCCCUACCUAGCCGCCUGCAUUAAAGAAGGAAUUCGUAUGCACCCAAUCACUGGCGUGUCGUUCCCCCGUCACGCGCCAUCAUCUGGUUGCAUGAUUGGCGAGCACUAUAUCCCCGGAAAUGCGCGGAUCGGGGUGAACCCGGGGGUUAUGCAUUUCAGCAAAACUAUUUUCGGAGAAGACGCGGAUCGGUUUCGACCCGAGAGGUGGAUUGACGGGAAUGCCAGUAGGAUGGAUCGGCAUAUUAUGCAGUUCGGGAUGGGGGCUAGGACUUGUCUUGGGAAGAAUAUAUCAAUGUGCGAGAUUUACAAGGCCAUCCCGGAGCUUCUAAAGUCUUUUGCGUUCGAACUUGGGUGUGACGAGGAGAUGUAG